GUCGAUGGACUGUCGGUACCUGAAAUCUGGGUUGGGUCGGAACUGGGAGGUCAGGAACCGGAGUUGGAAGCCCCGAGGCACAUGAUGGAGGCGCAGGCAAGCACCGAGAAAACACACGUGGCAGUGGACUGCGGUAGCUAGUCCAGGUUAAAACAUGGACGGAGAGCAGGAGAAAUCACCGAAAGGGAGCAGUGAGAGAAACUCUUGCUGAACUCCCCUAUGAGAGAGGAAGAGAACUUCUUCACAGUAGGCUUUCGCUUUCCUUGAGGAGCUUCUUAAGAUGAUCCCUUUGUAACCAGUUUUUGCACAUUCUUCAAAUAGUGGUUCAUUCCAAAACUAAAAGCACGUGGAUUAACAACCUUGCAAGUUACUUUCACUUUCAUUUUCACUUGGGAACAAGUGUGUUUAGAGAGAGCAAAACCAGCCGAGAAGCCAUGGCAGAAGGGAGACAACAGGAGAUAGAAGCUGUUGAGAUGAUGGUUUCCCCAGAGAGUGUCGACGUCAGCUCUGAAGAUCUCCUGCUUAGCAUUCAGUUACCACAGCAACCUCAGGGAAAAGAAAAGAAAAUCAAGAUCAAGAUCUCUGGAGAUGCUACGGGGUCACAUCUGUGUGAUGAAAUCAUGAACCGUUUACAGAAUACCAAAAGGGAGAAUGUGCAGUUGAUUUUCAAAGGGAAGAACCUGAAUUUGAACAAGACCCUCAGUGAACAAAACGUGAAGAACAAGGGGGUCAUUCGGUUCACUCAGAUCAAUCAGGGUGAAAGAAGGCAGAUGGAUCUGACCUCCAGGAUUAUGAAAGGGGCAGAAAUACUGGCAAAGCGAGGUGAACAUUUUGAAGAGAAAUACUUAAACACUACAAACCACAGAGUUGAAAAUAUUGAUCUAGCUGAAGGUGAAAAAGUGGUUUUUCUAACGGCCUUGAUUCUGCACGAGGUUGCCCGAUGGAAUAUGAAGAGGAAGGAUUAUAGACAAGCACUGAUGUUUCUGGAAUACGCCGAGAAUUAUUUCAGGCAAUGUAGCCAGGAGCUGUUCAACAGUGUUGACAACUACGGAGCGCUGAAUCUAGACAUUACCUGGUGCUACCUGCAGCUGCAAGACAUUCAGCGCCUCGUGGAGGCCAGAGAAAGAUUAGAAAAUGCUGAGAAGUACUUCAAUCAAUGCUUUGGAAAAAAUCAGCAACGUCUUAAAGAACUGGAGGACAGGAGUGGGAGACACCGUAUACUGUUCCUACGUCUUCAGGUUCUCUGGGGAGUUUGGUUCUUCCUUAACCAAAAACUCGAUCAAUCCAGGGAGGGCUUUUGUAAGGCAGAGGAGCUGUUGGAUCAGUUGCUGGUGGAUGACCUCUCAGUGACUGAGCUCGUGCAUCAAGGUUGCACCACCAGGGAAGCACGACUAGGUCUGCGGGCUUCUGACGGCAACAUCGAGGAAGCUAAGUCAUACAUUGAAGAGAAGAGGCAGCAGCAAAAGGCAGCGGCACAGAGAAGAAGGGAAACACUGCACAGGCCGAUAGGUGAAGGCCAUUCAGAUGACACUUGCUCUGAGAGGAACGGGACAUCUGAUCAGAUAAACCAGGUGGCACAGAUCAAUAGCAAUUCUUCACCAGCUGCUGGAUCACAACUACAGCCUCCGAAUGGUGAAACCUCGUCUCCCAGCUCAACACCAGCCACCUCUGCAUCAACAGGUGCCCAAAGCAAUCGUGAGGACGAUGAAAUACUGAGAGAAAUCCUGACCUACCUGCCUAAUGAUAUUGAUGACUACAUCGACAUGUCCCUGGAGGAAGAGGAAGUCAUCGUCCGUCAGUACAAGUCCAACUUCCAUUAGAAGACUGUCUGAGGCACAGCCUGACCCAGGGAAUGGUGCACCAGCUGCAGGUUUACCAGAUGCCAAUCAAAGCCCCGCUCGCUGCGCAAUGGAAUGCAACAGCAAAUGAAGAUCUGCAAACUCACACAGCAGUGACAUUUACUUUAUUCAACAAUAUUUUAUUUGUCACAUGUGCAACUGCACAGUGAAAUUAUUUUUGCAUAUUUACACAUGCGGGCACCACCAUAUUUUGGUGCCAUUUCCAUAGUCCAAAUUCCAGUCCGCCCGCAGCGCGGUCUACCGGAGCGGAGCGGCUCCCGAUCCAGGUAAGGCCCAGGUUCCUGCAGAGCCUCCCUCCAUCACCCACGAUCAGCUCGGGCCCGCAAAACUACAUCCCUCUCCUCUCCCGGCCACCUUUGUGUCCCGGGGGCGCCCCCUGCAGCCGACCUUGAAGACGUUGGAGGCAUUACCCUGGUUCACCCUCCCACCAGCCCUUGCCCCUCGGGUCAGUCAUCUCCAAGUCAAGUCAAGUCAACUUGACAAGAUGUACAGUGUAAUGAAAGUGGCAAUGCUUGCGGGAUUGUGUAAAAAUCUACAGAACGGAAUAGAACAGAAUCAGUAUUUACAUGUUAGAAAAAAAACAAUUGUGAA